AUGGACACGCACAUGAAGAGGAAAAUCCGGGAGGAAGGGGAGGGGGACAGCGCCAUGGCGUGCGCCCUGGUCAGCCUUGAGACCCACUCAGGGCCAAGCCUCCCUGUCAGUGAAAGCCCAGCCUUGCAGAUCCUCAAGAGCUUGCCCCACCUUGAGAGGGGGCCGAGGAGGGAGGUGCGCAGGGCCUGGGACAGCAGCCUUGCAGUCGAGAACCUGCUACCCCUGACACCCCAGCAGCUGGCAGCCUUCCAGGACGUCUUCAAACUGUUCAGCUCUAGCUUGACAGGCACUGUGGACAUGCGCAUCAUGAAAGCUGCCCUGCACAACGUGGGUGUCCAGCUGAGCCCACAGGAGAUGUGUGAGGCCCUGCGGCAGGCAGACUUGGACGGUGAUGGAACCCUAAGCUUCAAAGACUUCCUGGGUGUCCUCACCGGCAGCCACGGCCUGGCCCAGUGCUUGGGCCAGGUGAGGAACAGCCGGUUCGGCGACCCCCAGGGCCUGCAGACUCUGUUCUUAGAGAUGCUGUUCAAGCUGAUGAGCCAGGGGUUCGUGCCCUCCAGUUCAGUGCAGGAGGUGAUGAGCUACUACUCCAAGAGGCAGCAGGCUCUGCGGCUGAACCCAGGCUGGAAAGGCCCCUCCCGCGGCCACGGCCGCACCGCGCGCGCUUACGCGGACCUCACCUUCUUCCGCCAGGCCGCGCGCCUCCGCGGCCUCUCCAGCGCCGAGCUGGCGCGCUCGCUGCACAGACUGCGCAAAGCAGGUACGCACAGCCCCUACUCUCAGAUACCGAACCUGGCCCGGCGGACGCGCACAGAACGCAACACGCGGAACCGAGCCCCGCGCCCCGACGUCCGACUUUCCAAGUCCUACCAGCCCAGCCGCCCCAAGCUCCGGCCGAACCGGGGGCCCCUCAGCCAAGGCUUGGCUCUCCGCACGCCCCCCCGCCCUCCCGCAGGAUUCGUGAGCCAUUCACUCGAGUCUAUGCGCACAUCGACCCUGGCUCCCUCCCCACCAACUCUAGUGCAGAAGCAGCCCUUCUCCCCUCCGCCGGCCUCUCUGCAGAGACCUGCUAUGAAGAACUUAUACAAAUAAAGUGUUUGCUGAGUGAAACAGGCUGUGCGUGGUGGGGGCGGGCACAGAGUGGACGCGGAUCUUUUGCAAACGUCUUUAUUAAUCUUGUAUAAAAAUAAGGUCCACGGAGA